UGAUAUUGGCAACUCCGUCCUUUCACGGGAGGUUAUGGCUGCAGUCUGUGAAAAGAGAAGAGGAGAGAACAACGCGGAUUAUCUGACAGAAAUGAUGCGUUAAAGUGCGCGGCGCAGUUUGUUUGGAAUAUUUUUACGCAGCGACUGUGAUGAGCUCUAAAUUAGGAAGGCACUGAACCUGCCGCAAUGUCUCAUGCACAAGUUGAAAUACCCGGACGCGGUUUCCCAGGCCUGUCCAUGGAUAUGACCGACGACUGCUUAUCCCGGGUCCCAUCCGUGCUCAGGACGCACGGUUUGGGCGCACGGAGAAACUCUUACGGGCUCCAGAAAAUUAGUAUGGACAUUGACUCGCCUCUGUACAGCGGCGCCCUCUCCAAAGCCUUGUCCUGGUCAGCUGAAAAUAUUCUAACACUGGCCGAGUCCAGAGCAGAGGACGAGAAGACGGACGACACCUCGCCGUCGCCCGUUUCCAGCCCGGGGACCAGCUCCAACACGCCCCCGCGCAGCCAGGAGCCCGACGUUGAGAACUGGGAUCCCGUUCCGAGACCCAGCGCUCAGGACGCCAGCUCGGACUCUGAAAAUGAGCUUCACAGCAAACAGCACAAGACCUUGUCCCGCAUCACGUUUGACACUCAGUGGGAGCAGGAGGAGAAGGAGGACGUGGAGACCAAAGCGGUGGCAACGUCUCCAGAUGGAAGAUACCUCAAAUUCAACAUUGAGAUUGGAAGGGGAUCUUUCAAGACGGUCUAUAAAGGACUGGACACGGAGACCACGGUGGAGGUGGCGUGGUGUGAGCUUCAGACCCGUAAGCUGACCAAAGCGGAGCGGCAGCGUUUCAGCGAGGAGGUGGAGAUGCUGAAAGGGCUGCAGCACCCAAACAUCGUGCGCUUCCACGACUCCUGGAAGUCGACCGUAAAAGGCCACAAGUGCAUCAUCCUGGUGACCGAACUCAUGACGUCAGGCACGCUCAAGACAUACUUGAAGAGGUUCAAGGAGAUGAAGCUGAAGCUGCUGCAGCGCUGGAGUCGUCAGAUCCUCAAAGGGCUUCACUUUCUGCACACUCGCACUCCUCCCAUCAUCCACCGGGACCUCAAGUGCGACAACAUCUUCAUCACCGGCCCGACUGGCUCCGUCAAGAUAGGAGAUCUGGGGCUGGCCACCCUCAAAAGUGCCUCUUUUGCUAAAAGUGUCAUUGGAACCCCAGAGUUCAUGGCCCCGGAGAUGUACGAGGAGAAGUACGACGAAGCGGUGGACGUCUACGCCUUCGGAAUGUGCAUCCUGGAGAUGGCCACCUCUGAGUACCCGUACUCUGAGUGCCAAAACGCGGCCCAGAUCUACCGCAAAGUCACCAGUGGCAUUAAACCUGACAGUUUCUACAAAGUCAAAGUCCCAGAACUCAAGGAGAUCAUUGAGGGCUGCAUUCGCAUGAACAAGGAUGAAAGGUACACCAUUCAGGACCUGCUGGAUCACCCCUUCUUCCAGGAGAACAACGGCGUGCACGUGGAGCUGGCGGAGGAGGACGACAUGGUGAAGUCGGGCCUGAAGCUGUGGCUGCGCAUGGACGACACCAAGAAGCUCCACGGGAAGUACAAGGACAACAACGCCAUUGAGUUCCUCUUUGAACUCUACAAAGACGUGCCUGAGGAGGUGGCUCAGGAGAUGGUCGUGCUCGGCUUUGUGUGCGAGGCCGACUUCAAGCUCGUGGCCAAAGCCAUACGGGACAGAGUGACGGCCAUCAAGCGGCAGAGAGAGAAGCUGAGGCGGCAGGCGGAGGAGUGGAAGAAGAAGCAGGAGGCCAUAGAGGAAGAGCCGGAGUCUAAAGCCAGCGAUGUUGUCGCAGCAGAGUCCCCCACCCCGGCCCUGACGCCUCCGGCCCCCAUACUGUCCCCUGUGACCAGCUCUGUGGACUCUGGCGUCAGCUCCAACUACCCUGCGGAACCGGAGGAGCCCGAGGCCGACCAGCACUUCCACGUCCGCCACAACAGCUUGUCUUCUGCAAACUCUGACUGCGAGACCGACGGCUAUCUGAGCUCCUCUGGGCUGCAGGAUCCGCUGGAGGCCGGCGGCUUCAACGCGACCCCUCCCACCACGCACAACAACCCCCCUGCUGUAAACGGCCUCCCCAUCCCUGCCCUCCGCUUCCCCUCGAGUAUCGCCGUAUCUAACAACACAGAACACGGCAACUCAGGACCCCCGAGUGGCUUCAACUCCCCUGUGGACAGCUACGCCUCUGAUGUGACUUCGGGCUUGAGCGACGGCUACGAGGGCCUAUCAGAGAAGAGCGAGAAAACGGCGGCGAGACGAACUGCCGGGAAGCUGUUCAGGAGGAGAGCGCGCUCACGGCUUCGCAUCACAGGGCUGUCUGAUAAAGUGGACCGGGUGGUGGAGUGUCAGCUGCAGACGCACAAUGACAAGAUGGUGACUUUCAAGUUUGACCUGGAUGGAGAUAACCCAGAAGACAUCGCUGCUGUCAUGGUGCACAAUGAGUUCAUCCUGCCCUCAGAGAAGGAGGGAUUUAUCCACCGCAUGGGUGAUAUAAUCAAACGUGCCGAGGCUCUGAUGGCCAAAGACCAGCCGGUCCACUCCGGCGGACACCGACUGGCCCAGCCGGCGUUCCACGGCGGCGUUAACUCCUUGUCCUCCUCUCAGCCCAAUCUGCACAGUCACACCCUUCCUCGAACUCACUCCUCCUCCUCUCUGCCUGACUACAGUGUGGCUAACCCGAACGUAGGGGUACGUGGCUCCCCCCCAUGCCCCAAUGGAGAGGCCUUCAGUGCAGACAUUACUUCACCUGGGCGACCUCUAAUACGCUCACAGUCUUUCCACAACGCCCCAGGUUCUCCUCUCCAUUAUCAGCAACACCACCACCCUGCAUCCCUCCUACCCCACCACCAGCACUACCACUUACCCUUCAUGGGCCACACUCACUUCCCAUUCCCAUACCCGGGGUCUCCAGGUUCAUCGAAGCCAGCGGGGAUCCACCCUCCCCUCACACGUGUAGCCAGUAACCCCACCUUCCCUUCUGUUCCCUCUCCAGCCCCCAGCUCCCCAAGUCCUAAGAAUGAAACUCCAAGCCCCAUUAACAAUGAGAGUGUUACCAUGUCCCCACCUGCCCCUCAGCAUCCCAACAUGUGGCCCCCUCACACGCAGCCUCUAUUUUCCUUGGCUAAUGUGAUCUCCAUGGCCAUGAGCAUGGCCCAGUCUUUCAUCCCUCCCACCAGCCUGCCCAACCAGGUGAUGCCCUCAUUUCCAGGUUUUCACCCUCAGCUACCCGGUCCCAUGGCCCCUCAGUCAGGCUACCCCUCCGUCUACCCACACUACCAGACUUCUCCAGACGUCUCCUACCCCGCGGUGGGCAGCGUCUACCACAGCCCUGAACAUAUGCCUCAGAUGGACGGAGCCGCUUUCCACCCGAGCGUUCAUCCACAAUGGCCGCCUCAUGUCUCUCCCCCCUCCAUGCCCUCCACCCCUCCACUGGCUCCUCCAGAACCUUUGCAGCCGGUUGGACUCUGCGGUUCCCCCAGUCUGACCCAGGACCACAGUUACGCAGCUCCGUACCCAGCACAAGUUCCAGCUCAGGCUGCUCCCAGAUCAGAAGUCUCCAUUUCAAGCUCCUCGUCAGAUCUCUCCCCGUCACCUCCAGAGAGCCCAGAAAGCACUUUAUCAUCCCUGUGCAGUCCGUUGCGCCCCGCUGUACCCGAGAUGAAUGCAAGCAGCACAAGUCUGAAAGCCUCUUCCACUGAAUCUGAAGUUCAGUCGGCACCAGUGACUGUUGGGAGGUUCCAGGUGACGCCCAGCAUGGACAUCCCUGCACCUGUUGCUCCGGCGGGUGCUGCACCUGCUGCACCACAACCGGCUGACGGAGGCAGCACCCAGUCAGAGAGCAGCACCGAGGAGCAGGGGGAGUCCGAGACCAGCCUGGGCACCUCCCUCACCAUGUCCCCUCCUCACCCGCCGUUCCACAGAGGGUCGACGGGGGUCCUGCAGGAGGUGGACGGGCAGGCGGGGUGGGCCGUGAGCCAGGAGCAGCAACAGCAGCAGCAGCAGCAGCAGCAGCAGGUCAGAGAUGAGGAGGAAGAUGAAGAGGAGGAUGAGGAGGAAGAAGGGGAAGAAGAGGAGGUGGUUGGGGAACGGCCGAGGGUGAGGAAGAGGAGUCGGAGGAGAGCGUACAGCCUCAGCCUGAUGGGGACGUCGGCGGACAGCGGGCUCUCGGUGACGGCGGCUGAGAUGGAGGGGCGGCUGUGGGACGGAGCGGCGGGGAGUCCGCAGUACAGCAACGCCCUUCACCAUCUGUGGAUGAUGACCUACAACCGCAACACUCCCUACCUGAGCAGCGACGACUCCGACAGCGACGACUCCGACAUGCUGGAAGAGCUCCAGGAACUCAGAGAGAAACAUCUGACAGAGGUUCAGGCUCUGCAGGCCGCCCAGAAGAGGGAGAUCGAGGAGCUGUAUGAGAAGAUGGGGAAGGUUCCUCCUCCAGGCAUCGUCUCUCCUGCUGCUAUGCUGUCCAGUCGACAGCGCCGCCUGUCCAAAGGAAGCGGGUUCCCUUCAUCUCGCAGGAACAGCCUGCAGCGCUUGGACAUUCUGCCACUCCAAGGUAUCAUUAGGAGGAACUCUCUUGGAGGCAGCAGCAGCGGCUCCCAGGAUAAACCCAGCAAAGGCGUUCACUUUGCCACUGACAUAAGUAGAAUGUAAGAAACUCUCAGCCAAGCAUGCUGUAUGUCUGGACUACCUCAUCUAAAGUGUGACUGCAGUGGUCAAGCCUGUCCCGUAGGAGGAUCACUUUAACCCUUUUUUCACUGGCACACCGAUCUGCUUUCCCUCCGCCAGUGGUCACUUUACCUCAAAUGUACAGAAACUGUCAUCAAUACGGCUGGAUUCACACAGGAACUGUAACAUCUGGUUUUCAGCCCUUCAUCAGAUCUGGUGAAUUUGUUGCAGCUGAAGCACACAACCGGUCUGGUUCAUGUUAAAAGUUCUUUUUUUUUGUUUUCUUGUAAAUAAACGGUUCGGUCGUAACCAGCUGCAGUCCAGGCUGCCACAGUACUCUGCGAAAUGUCACGUCAGAGUCUCUAAAUAUUUCCUCCGAGCAAACUUUUUUUGCUUUAACGCAGUCAAGCGAUGGUACAAAGUGCUGCGGGAGUUGCAGCACAUUUGCCUCGAUUUUUUGACCCAGAACGACAAUGUUUUCCUGCUUGUCUGACUCACUGCUGUUUAUCAAUCUGAGCACAGUAAUGUGAACCACAGUGAGGCUCUGACACUUUUACUGACAGUUGUUCUUCACCUUAUUUGCUGUAGUUUGUUGAUGAUGUCUCAGCAGCUGCUGACUGCACAGUGAAUUCAUAUAUUCUCAUUCAGUAGAGCUGUGAUUAUUGCCUUUCGAGAGGCUGGCAAGAACAGUCUAGAUGCAUUGUACAGUUUGAUUCUUUCACACAUGUAUUGUUAAAACAUUCUGUUGUAAUCUAUGUUUGGUUUCUUUGGUGAUUUGGACACCUGACAGGAUGACCUACAUUCUCUAGACUCCUAGAUGAAAAUGACUUUUUCCCCAUCGUAUAGCAGUACAGUGAGGUAUCAUUUCUAUUAACUCCAGCAGCCACAACAUUAAAACCACCUGUGUAAUACUUUGUAGGGCUGAACACGGGAACGCUGAUGGGGUCUUGUGGUGUCUGCCAUCGGAUGUAGUGCAGCAGAAGCUUUGGGUCCUGUAGAUCUUGCUGUGGGGCCUCCAUGGAUCGGGUUUGUUCUGUUCUAUCACACAAAUGUUCCAUCAAAUUCGUAAGAGUUUUGGAGGCUGAGGCAACAAUUUAGGCUUUUGGUUUUGUUCCUUUUGGAAUAUCUGUGUGGAUUCUCAAUCAUCCAGGUCAUGAUAAUCUGAAGAGCUUCAGUAGAAGACAAAUGGACCUCUCAUCCAAGAGGUUUCCUCAGAUUUAACUGGAUGACCGGUUGUCCCAAAUAUAUAUAUUUUCACCAAAACCAAUGGCUAAAGGUCUAACAAUGACCAAAGACUCAUGUGGCUUGAGGGGGGAAUUGUGAAACUGUCAGAUGGUGAAACUUUCUGUGGGGACGGAGCUCAAGUCUGCAUUAUAAGUACCGUGUCACAGACCUCCUUAUUUGUUUAGAGAAGGCUGUUCCAGUUUAACAGAGAUCCAUAGAAGCAUCCAGUUGCCUUCAGCAGAAGCUCCAAUGAGUUGUGUGGUGUGUUUGGACACAUUGUUCUGCUAGGGAAGGCCAGGACCCAAGGUUUUCCAGAAGAACAUUGCUUUGCAAUGAGAUAAUUAGUGUCAUUCACGUUGCCUGUUUUAAUGUUGUGGCUGCCUGUGUAUGAAGAUGUUAAAGCUACAGAGAGAAAAUUGAUGUCUAGCAGUUAGAUGUGUUGGCAUGUAGGAUGCUUCAACAGAAUCAAUUAAGUGGGGAAAAAAAUUGGUUACAUUUUGCAGAAGCAUAGAAAACAGUAUUUUUUCAAAUCGUAAUGCUGGUUUAAAAUAGGGGGAAAAAAAGAGGAUUUCUUAAUAUUGAUUUCAAAAAUCCACCUAGACUACUGGCUUUCCUGUCGACUGUACAUGUGUAUAUAAUAGAAUGCAUUUAUAGAUGAUGUUUACAAGUUAUGAGUAAACUAAAUAUUUCAGCUACCUUAAUUUGUUCUCAAGCAAAAAUCAUAUUUUGUGGCUUGUUCCAUAGAUCAAGCACCUUGUGCACUUUAGUAAAUGCGAUUUUAGCUCUCAAUCAUUUAACACAUUUGUGUUUGAAACUGUUUCGCUCGAGGAAGAGCUCGUAGGUUUCCCGUUAUUUUUCCAUAUGGGAGGAAGAGAAUAUUCUCCACUUUAUUUUCUGAUCACGAUAUUUCACAUUGGAUCACAGUAAUGAUGAUCUAUUCUCCCACAGUUUGAAAUGACGACUAUAUUGUGGGGUGUAGAGAAAUCAGCCCAAGCUGUGAAUCUGUAGCUGUUGCCUUAUAAAAUAUUCACAACACACACUGAAUUUCCUGGCAGUCAAACUUCUGUAAUAUUCAUAAUAUAUUCAAAGAAAAGUUUCAUUUCAAAAAAUUUGAAUGUAAAUAUAUAAUUGUAUUGCUUUCUGAAGCUGCUGUCCUGCCAUGCUGAAUCUGUGCCUUUCCCUUACAAUGUCUUAUUUUAUAUUUUUACUCUCGAGAUUUGGUGGCUAGAUCAGACUCUAUAUAUUAAAUUUUGACAAAAAUAAAUGCAAUUGUAAAUA